CGCAUUACCUCACCCAUACGGCGCGAGAGAAACGAGCGGCUAAUUAGCUGAUUAGAACCCCGUCAACACGAGCCCUCCAGUCAGAGCAGCGCUCUCGGCCAAUCACAGGCGCGCCUGGCUGGAGGAAGGAGUGAAUGAUGGAGUAAUACUGCUACACCUAGAUCGCGGCUUAAACUGCUAUUGAACCACGAGGCGGACACAAACACACACACACACACACACACACAUACACCCAUACACAAACAACAAACCGAAACACUGAUCCGGAGAGUCAGAGAGUUGAUGGUCGAGACGCAAAUGGAAAGCAGGAGGAUUUCCUGGUAACUUGAUACUUUGGUUUUUUUGUUGUUUGUUGUUCAUACAGUUUAUUCUCCACAUUAGGAGUCGUGUUUUGGUGUUCGUUUGCUGUAUGUGAGGGUUCUGGAACUUCUAUCAGGGGGGGGGGAUUUCUUCAGAAGUUAAGAAGGACUUCUUGAAGAGGAAAACGAAGAAGAAGAAGAAGAAGAAGAAGAAGAAGAAGAAGAAGAAGAAGAAGAAGAAGAAGAAGAAGAAGAAGAAGAAGAAGAAGAAGAAGCAGAAGAAGGAGACUCCGGGAUCUCCGGGGCAAUCUAUGUGUACUGACGUACGGCACAGGUGUGCGUCCUCCUGGUCCAAACACUUCCCCGACGUCCUCGUGCACCGGACCUCCGGCAUGGAGAAAUCAAAGAACUUCCGAAUCGACGCAUUGCUUGCAGACGAAACCCACCGGAACCACCGGAACGCGCACCGGGACCUGCACCGAGACCUGCACCGGGACCUGCACCAGGACCCGCACCGGGAACCGCAUCGGGACUCGCACCGGGACAACCUGUCCCCUCCGGUCAGCGACAACAGCCCCUCCAGCAGCCCCGUGUCGUGUCGGCGCGGGGACACCCCGUCUCCCCGCGGGACGCACGCACAGGCGCUACUCCAGACCGGCUUAUUCCCCAAACAGGGUCUGCUUAACAUGCCACAUCACCCGGGCCUCGCGUCGCUCCACCACAGCGGGAUCGCCAGCAUGUACACGAGCCCCAUGUACCCGCUGUCCGCCCUGGCCGCGCAGCACCCGGCCUUCGCCUACACCGGCUUCUCCCAGCUCAGCCAGCCGUACCCCGAGCACCUGAAGGCGGCCGCCAUGGCUGGGUCCCUACCGCUGGAGCACUGGAUCCGGGCGGGCAUCAUGAUGCCGCGGCUCCAGGACUACAGCUCCCCCCAGGCCGGCCUGCUGGGGAAAUGCCGCCGGCCACGGACCGCCUUCACCAGCCAGCAGCUGUUGGAGCUGGAGAACCAGUUCAAGCUGAACAAGUACCUGUCCAGGCCCAAGCGCUUCGAGGUGGCCACCUCCCUCAUGCUCACUGAGACGCAGGUGAAGAUCUGGUUCCAGAACCGGCGAAUGAAGUGGAAGCGCAGCCGUAAGGCCAAGGAGCAGGCGGCGGCCUCGGGCCUGCCCGAGUCGGACCGCCUUCGGGGGGGGAAGCAGGGCGCGGUCGACAAGUCGGAGCCCGGCUCCCGACCCGCCACCUCCGACGACCGGGACGACGACCUGGAGCUGGAGGAGGGCGAGGAGGACGAGGAGGACGAGGACGAGGACGACAUGGACGACAUGGAGGACAGCCAGUGCAACGCUUUCCCCGUUGGCAUGGGCGACGCGGGCGCGGGGCGGCCCCGCCCCGUCGCCACAGACUUCCUCCCUUACAACCCGCACAGCCCCUUCUCCGAGGACGGGCUGGACGGCGUUCCCGCCGGGGGGGACCGGAAGAUCAAAGCAGGACUCUGAGGGACGGGGGGGGGG